GGGCCGUGGGCCGCGGCCAGGCGGGCGCAGUCCGAGCCGGCAGCGUCGGUCCGAGCUCCCGAGGUCCGUCCGCGCCGUCGGCCAUGGCCGCGCGCCCCGCGAGCCCCGCGCGCCGCUGCCUGCUGGCGAUCGUGCUGUGCUGCGGCUGGGGGGCGCUGGCCGUGGUCGCCCCGAAGCCGGGCGCCGGGUGUCCGAGCCGCUGCCUGUGCUUCCGCACCACGGUGCGCUGCAUGCAUCUGCUGCUGGAGGCCGUGCCCGCCGUGGCGCCGCAGACCUCCAUCCUGGAUCUUCGCUUUAACAGAAUUAGGGAGAUCCAACCUGGAGCCUUCCGGCGGCUGAGAAACUUGAACACACUGCUCCUCAACAACAAUCAGAUCAGGAGGAUACCCGGCGGGGCGUUUGAGGACUUGGAGAAUUUGAAGUAUCUCUAUUUGUACAAGAAUGAGAUCCAGGCAAUUGACAGGCAAGCGUUUCAGGGACUUGCCUCCUUAGAGCAACUAUACCUGCACUUUAAUCAGAUAGAGACCUUGGACCCAGAGUCAUUUCAGCGUUUGCCAAAGCUCGAAAGGCUAUUCUUACACAACAACCGGAUCACACACUUGGUUCCAGGGACCUUCAACCACUUGGAAUCUAUGAAGAGACUGCGGCUGGACUCCAACGCGCUGCGCUGUGACUGCGAGAUCCUGUGGCUGGCGGACUUGCUGAAGGCCUACGCGCAGUCCGGGAACGCGCAGGCGGCUGCCACCUGCGAGUACCCCAGGCGCGUCCAGGGUCGGUCCGUGGCGACGGUCACCCCAGAAGAGCUGGACUGUGAAAGGCCCCGGAUCACGUCCGAGCCCCAGGACGCAGACGUCACCUCGGGGAACACGGUCUACUUCACCUGCAGAGCCGAAGGCAACCCCAAGCCCGAGAUCAUCUGGCUGCGAAACAACAACGAGCUGAGCAUGACGACAGAUUCCCGCUUAAACCUGCUGGACGACGGGACCCUGAUGAUCCAAAACACGCAGGAGACCGACCAGGGCAUCUACCAGUGCAUGGCGAAGAACGUGGCCGGGGAGGUGAAGACGCAGGAGGUGACCCUCAGGUACUUUGGGUCUCCAGCUCGACCCGCUUUUGUAAUCCAGCCACAGAACACGGAGGUGCUGGUCGGGGAGAGCGUCACCCUGGAGUGCAGCGCCGCGGGCCACCCCCCGCCGCGGAUCUCCUGGACGCGAGGGGAUGGGAGCCCCUUGCCAGUGGACCCGCGAGUGAACAUCACGCCCUCUGGCGGCCUUUACAUACAAAACGUCGUCCAGGGUGACAGCGGGGAGUACACGUGCUUUGCGUCCAACAGCGUCGAGAGCGUCCACGCCACCGCAUUCAUCAUCGUCCAGGCUCUUCCUGAGUUCACCGUGACGCCCCAGGACAGAGUUGUCAUCGAGGGUCAGACGGUCGACUUCCAGUGCGAGGCAAAGGGCAACCCGCAGCCCGUCAUCGCCUGGACCAAGGGAGGGAGCCAGCUCUCUGUGGACCGGCGGCACCUGGUCCUGUCGUCGGGAACACUCAGGAUCUCCGGCGUCGCCCUGCACGACCAGGGCCAGUAUGAGUGCCAGGCCGUCAACAUCAUCGGCUCGCAGAAGGUGGUGGCCCACCUGACCGUGCAGCCCAGAGUCACCCCGGUGUUUGCCAGCAUCCCCAGCGACAUCACGGUGGAGGUGGGCACCAACGUGCAGCUGCCCUGCAGCUCCCAGGGCGAGCCCGAGCCGGCCAUCACCUGGAACAAGGACGGGGUCCAGGUGACAGAGAGUGGGAAGUUUCACAUCAGCCCCGAAGGUUUCCUCACCAUCAACGACGUGGGCACGGCGGACGCCGGCCGCUACGAGUGCGUGGCCCGGAACACCAUCGGGUCGGCCUCGGUCAGCGUGGUGCUCAGCGUGAACGUUCCUGACAUCAGUCGAAACGGGGACCCGUUUGUAGCCACGUCCAUCGUGGAAGCGAUCGCCACCGUGGACAGAGCCAUCAACUCCACCCGGACGCACCUGUUUGACAGCCGUCCCCGCUCUCCAAACGACUUGCUGGCCUUGUUCCGGUACCCGAGGGACCCGUACACGGUGGAGCAGGCGCGGGCAGGGGAGAUAUUCGAGCGGACGUUGCAGCUCAUCCAGGAGCACGUGCAGCACGGCCUGAUGGUCGACCUCAACGGGACAAGUUACCACUACAACGACCUGGUGUCCCCGCAGUACCUGCACCUCAUCGCCAACCUGUCGGGCUGCACGGCCCACCGGCGCGUGAACAACUGCUCGGACAUGUGCUUCCACCGGAAGUACAGGACUCAGGACGGCACCUGCAACAACCUGCAGCACCCCAUGUGGGGCGCCUCGCUGACCGCCUUCGAGCGCCUGCUGAAAGCCGUGUACGAAAACGGGUUCAACACGCCCCGGGGCAUCAACCCCCACCGGCUGUACAAUGGGCACGCACUCCCCGCGCCACGGCUGGUGUCCACGACCCUGAUCGGGGCGGAGACCGUCACGCCGGACGAGCAGUUCACGCACAUGCUCAUGCAGUGGGGCCAGUUCCUGGACCACGACCUGGACUCCACGGUGGUGGCCCUGAGCCAGGCGCGCUUCUCCGACGGGCAGCACUGCAGCUCCGCGUGCAGCAGCGACCCCCCCUGCUUCUCGGUCAUGAUCCCCCCCAACGACCCCCGCGCCCGGAGCGGGGCGCGCUGCAUGUUCUUCGUGCGCUCCAGCCCCGUGUGUGGCAGCGGCAUGACGUCGCUGCUCAUGAACUCCGUGUACCCGCGGGAGCAGAUCAACCAGCUCACGUCCUACAUCGACGCGUCCAACGUGUACGGGAGCACAGACCACGAGGCGCGAGGCAUCCGCGACCUGGCCAGCCACCGCGGCCUCCUGCGGCAGGGCAUCGUGCAGCGGUCGGGGAAGCCGCUGCUCCCCUUCGCCGCGGGGCCGCCCACCGAGUGCAUGCGGGACGAGAACGAGAGCCCCAUCCCCUGCUUCCUGGCCGGGGACCACCGCGCCAACGAGCAGCUGGGGCUGACCAGCAUGCACACGCUGUGGUUCCGGGAGCACAACCGCAUCGCCGCGGAGCUGCUCGCGCUGAACCCGCACUGGGACGGCGACACCAUCUACCACGAGACGCGGAAGAUCGUGGGCGCGGAGAUGCAGCACAUCACCUACCAGCACUGGCUGCCCAAGGUCCUGGGCGAGGUGGGCAUGAAGAUGCUGGGCGAGUACGGCGGCUACGACCCGGGCGUCAACGCCGGCAUCUUCAACGCCUUCGCCACGGCGGCCUUCAGGUUCGGCCACACGCUCGUCAACCCCGUGCUGCACCGGCUGGACGAGAACUUCCAGCCCGUCGCGCAAGGCCCCCUCCCCCUCCACAAAGCCUUCUUCUCUCCCUUCCGAAUCGUGAACGAGGGGGGCAUCGACCCGCUCCUGCGGGGGCUGUUCGGGGUGGCGGGGAAGAUGCGUGUGCCCUCCCAGCUGCUGAACACGGAGCUCACGGAGCGGCUCUUCUCCAUGGCGCACACGGUGGCGCUGGACCUGGCCGCCAUCAACAUCCAGCGUGGCCGGGACCACGGCAUCCCGCCGUACCACGACUACAGGGUCUACUGCAACCUGUCGGCCGCGCACACCUUCGAGGACCUGAAAAAUGAGAUCAAAAACCCUGAGAUCCGGGAGAAACUGAAAAGGUUGUACGGCUCGACGCUGAACAUCGACCUUUUCCCGGCCCUCAUGGUGGAAGACCUGGUGCCCGGCAGCCGGCUGGGGCCCACGCUGAUGUGCCUGCUGAGCGCGCAGUUCAGGCGCCUGCGGGAUGGGGACAGGUUGUGGUACGAGAACCCGGGGGUGUUCUCCCCCGCCCAGCUGACCCAGAUCAAGCAGGCGUCGCUGGCCAGGAUCCUGUGUGACAACGGGGACAACAUCACCCGCGUGCAGGGGGACGUGUUCCGGGUGGCGGAGUUCCCCCACGGCUACGGUGACUGCAGCGAGGUCCCCAGGGUGGACCUCAGGGUGUGGCAGGACUGCUGCGAAGACUGUAGGACCAGGGGACAGUUCAACGUGUUUUCGUACCAUUUCCGCGGCAGACGGUCCCUUGAAUUCAGCUACCAGGAGGACAAGCCCAGCAGGAAGCCCCGCCCACGGAAGACACUGAGUGCUGAGAGACACGGCACACAUCCUGGCAACACCACCUCCGCCUUCAGCGAGCACGCGAAGGGACCAGGGACAAAUGACUUCAGAGAGUUUGUCCUGGAAAUGCAGGAGACCAUCACAGACCUCAGAAAACAGAUAAAGAAACUUGAAUCCCGGCUCAGCGCCACGGAGUGCGUGGACGCCAGUGGCGAGCCUCACGCCAACCACGCCAGGUGGAAGACGGACGCCUGCACCCUGUGCGAGUGUAGGGACGGGCAGGUCACCUGCUUCGUGGAAGCGUGCCCGCCUGCCGCCUGCCCGGCGCCCGUGAGAGUCGCAGGAGCCUGCUGCCCGGUCUGCUCACAGACAGCCGCGGAGGACACGCCUUAGCUCGCUGACUCCGCGGGGUUUGUCCGCCGCGUCAUCGUGAGGUCCGGGGGCAAGACGGGCAGCCGCGGACCAAAGAAACACCAGAACGCGAGCGUUUCAUGACAACGUCCGGCCGGUGCUGUCACGGAGUCGGGGGCGGGGGCUGCUGGCCGGGGGCCCCCUGGGGAGGGAGCGCAGCGCGCGCCCGGGCGCCAGGCAGACACGCGUCCUAACGUCACGUUAGGUUUCUCAGGUUUUUAUUUAAUUCUUUUAAGAUGAGAAAUUGGUGCUACCAUUA